GACAAUCGUUAGCUGAGUGAUUUUGUACUCUAUGCUUCCUAGUGCCAAUUUUUAGUGCAGUAAUCUUGUUUUAUUAUAUUAUAUAUUACUGCUUAUCUUAUGUUGUAAAAAUGUAAAAUUUUAUCGGAUCCAUUAAAACAUUGUCAAAAUGGGAACCAACGGUAAUGGACGUCGCGGAGGUGCGAAACAACUGGAUGUUCGCCGACCCAUGGAAGAAGGGGAAUGUAUGAGUCUGAACGACGAGAGCCCUGAAUUGGAUUUUGUUUAUGAUGAUUGCGAUUCACAAGCAAAUGAAAUUGCUGAACUUUACAGUUACACCGAACAUCCCGAGUUUCAAUUAAAUGUGAAGGCAUUUGAGGAUAUAAUGGAAGAAUUCAAUUUUCCUCCUAGUUGGCAGAGACUUACAAAUCAACAACAGCGCUCUGUUGUUAUGAAGUUGCUAGAUCAUCUGGAUGUUGCAGUGACUGAGAUUCGAAUGCGAGCAAUGCGAUGUAUAUUGUAUUUGGCUCAAGGUUGUUGGGCCGAAAUGCAGUCUGAUACGGAACAAGCCCAUUGGGCUCGUUAUAACAUAAUGACUUUAUACGAAAUGGGAACAUUUUCUGCAUUCGUAGAACUUUUAAAUUUAGAAAUCGUUAGAAGUAAUGCUGCUGUAGCAUCCAGAAAGCUUGCAGAAUCUUUGGCAGAUUCAACUAACUUGAGAGUAAUUUUAUCUGUUUUGUACCUCAUAACAGAACAUAUGAGAACAGAAAAAGAUAAUCCUAACUCAGAGUACAUUCAUUUAUUUAAAACCUUUAAGGAAGAAAUAGGAACACCCUUUGGAGAAGAAUUGCUACCAGUUAAACUUUUGGGCAUGGUUACUCAGUUAUGUGUGGGAACCACUCCUCAUUUUCCUAUGAAAAAAGUAUUACUGUUAUUGUGGAAAAUUUUACUAGUUUACCUUGGAGGUUCCAAAGAAAUAAAGGAAAGAAAAGCCAAAUUACGGGAAAAAUAUGGUUUGUCACCUGUAACUGAAGAUACUCUUGAGGUCAUUAAGGGAAUGCGUUCAAGUUCUCCUCCUCCUAGUGCUGCUGAUAUGAUUGAAAACCAAAAUCCGGGUCAGAGAAAACUAAAAGAAAAUGAAAGAGCGCUUCGAAGACAAACUUUUAUAAAACAAACAUCUCUGGAUGAGUCUGAUGAACAAAUUUUUACUGAUAAAGAAGAAACUGGUAAUGGUUCUGAAGAUUAUCCUAUGGAAUUUCAGUCAAUGUCCAAUGAAGGUAUGCAGAAUAUGAAUCAAAAUUGUCCAGAUUACAUGUACAUAAAACGGUUUGAUAGUCCACCACCACCUCCUCCCUUGCCUAGGUGCUUGCCAUGGAGGUCUAAAGUUCGUCAAAAAGAUAUUGACACAUUCUUAGAUAAUGUAAGAAUAAAAUUUGUUGGUUACUCACUUCCUGGUGACAGACAGACAAUAGCUGGUUUACCACAGCCUAUUCACGAAGGUAUUGAGAUAUUAAAAAAACACAAGUACACCAGCCUUGCUGAAGUCCAAGCUGAAAGAGAACAAGAAAUAGCUCGAAGCCCUCUCACUAGAGGUGAAAAAGAAGUUGAAGAAACUGAGGCAGAAGUUUUGUAUAGAGCUAUGCUGUCAAAUCUUCCACAGUAUAUGAUUGCACUUUUGAAGAUACUCUUAGCUGCUACGCCCACCUCUACGGCAAAAACAUAUUCGAUGAAUAUAAUGGCAGAUGUUUUGCCUGAAGAAAUGCCCAUGACAGUACUACAGUCAUUAAAACUUGGUAUUGAUGUAAACAGACACAAAGAAAUCAUUGUCAAAGCUGUGACAGCUAUCCUGCUAUUACUUUUGAAACAUUUUAAAUUAAAUCAUGUGUAUCAAUUUGAAUUCAUGUCACAGCAUUUGGUGUUUGCUAAUUGUAUGCCUUUAGUAGUGAAAUUUUUCAAUCAAAAUAUUCUUUCUUACAUAGGAGCAAAGAAUACAAUACCAAUAUUUGACUUCCCUGCUUGUGUUAUAGGCGAACAACCUGAACUUACUAAAGAAUGUUUGGAAAUAGGUGACUCUCCAGUUCCAUAUUCUUGGAGGAAUGUUUUUUCAUGUAUAAAUCUAUUGAGAAUAUUAAAUAAAUUAACAAAGUGGAAAAAUGCUAGAAUUAUGAUGUUGGUUGUAGUUAAAAGUUCUCCAAUACUGAAGCGUACAUUGAAAGUGAGACAUGCUUUGAUGCAGUUCUAUGUACUGAAGCUAUUAAAAAUGCAAACUAAGUACUUAGGCCGCCAAUGGAGGAAAACUAACAUGAAAACCAUUAGUGCAAUAUACUCCAAAGUACGACAUAGACUCAAUGAUGACUGGGCUUUUGGAAAUGAAAUUGAUGCACGACCUUGGGACUUUCAAGAUGAAGAAUGUGCCCUUAAGGUCAGUGUAGAUCGGUUCAAUCAAAGGAGAUAUGGUACUGAUUACCUAGAAAGUGGAUUUUCACCAGCCGACACAGACAUUAACAGUGCUCUUGAUGUGAAUGUUGAGCUUGAUGAGGAAUUUAAAAGUAAUUAUGAGCUUUGGCUCGAACAAGAAGUAUAUAAUAAUGAAAUCAACUGGGAUGUUUUGCUAUCUGCAUGAAACAAAUAAGUUAUAAAAUGUACAGAUAUUUAUACAUUUUCUUUUAUAUUAUUUUUAUCAAUUAAAGUAGGAAGUAUUGAAUAAAUUUAUUAUACAUUGAA